AUUUUUAUUGACGUCAUUAAAUAGAGACAUUUGUACCAUGAAAUUUUUGUAUAAAACAUUUUGUAUUUUUUUUAAACUUAUAAAAAUAAACUCUACCCUGCACCAUUAUUAAGUCUAACAUUAUUUUUCCAGACAUUCUCGAAUCUGAUUCGUAAUCGGCAACCCCGAACAUUCAUUGAUAUCGAUAUUGACGAGUAUUCCAUGGUUCGCUACACUAUAUUAAGACCGCCAUUUUGUUUUUGCAAAUUUACAUAUUGGAUUCGUGACCGGCAACCUCGAAAACAUAAGUCUGCCAAGUUUCGUGCGAAUCUGACGACUCCUCGAUUUGUGGCCACGUCUCAGCGGAAAUUCCGCACUGUGCGUCGUUCUAAAAUUCAAGAUCGAUAUAUUGAAGAGGGAUUCUUUCAGCUGUUCCUGAUCGCCUGCGCGUUCGCCGCGGCCAACGCCGGCUACGUCGGAGUGCCAUCCGCCCUGCAGUACCAGGUCGCGCCGAUCGCGCACGUGCAACCCCACGCGAUCACGUCGACGUCCGACAACAUUUUGCGCAGCCACGGCAACUUGGCGCAGGUGGCCACGCAGACCAAGACCAUCGACACGCCCUUCUCCAGCUCCAGCAAGACUGACAUUCGCGUGAGCAAUCCGGCGUACGCGUACGCGCACCUCGCUCAUCCGGCCACCCCGCUGGCGUACGCCGCAGCCGCCGUGCCGGCGGUGCACGCCGCUCCGGCCGCUCUCGGAGUCGCCUACUCGCCGGCCGUCGAAGUCUCCCACAUGAGUUACAGCAGCCCCAUCGGAAUCGCCUACUCUUACUAAAUGAACACAUCAUGUCACACACACACGAACAUACGCAUAUAUAAAAUACUAGAGUAUAUAUAUAUAUCUUACUCCUUAAAUUAAUAUUCCUCAGACUCGUUACCACUUAUUACUUCUUAAAUAAAUUUAUAAAUAAAUAGACAUAUUCUCUCAUUUAUUUAUUUUAUCAUUUAUAUUCGAGUGUUUCUGAACAUACGCAUAUAUAAAAUACUAGAGUAUAUAUAUACCUUACUCCUUGAAUUAAUAUUCCUCAGACUCGUUACCACUUAUUACUUCUUAAAUAAAUUUAUAAAUAAAUAGACAUAUUCUCUCAUUUAUUUAUUUUAUCAUUUAUAUUCGAGUGUUUCUGAACAUACGCAUAUAUAAAAUACUAGAGUAUAUAUAUACCUUACUCCUUGAAUUAAUAUUCCUCAGACUCGUUACCACUUAUUACUUCUUAAAUAAAUUUAUAAAUAAAUAGACAUAUUCUCUCAUUUAUUUAUUUUAUCAUUUAUAUUCGAGUGUUUCUGAACAUACGCAUAUAUAAAAUACUAGAGUAUAUAUAUACCUUACUCCUUGAAUUAAUAUUCCUCAGACUCGUUACCACUUAUUACUUCUUAAAUAAAUUUAUAAAUAAAUAGACAUAUUCUCUCAUUUAUUUAUUUUAUCAUUUAUAUUCGAGUGUUUCUGAACAUACGCAUAUAUAAAAUACUAGAGUAUAUAUAUACCUUACUCCUUGAAUUAAUAUUCCUCAGACUCGUUACCACUUAUUACUUCUUAAAUAAAUUUAUAAAUAAAUAGACAUAUUCUCUCAUUUAUUUAUUUUAUCAUUUAUAUUCGAGUGUUUCUGAACAUACGCAUAUAUAAAAUACUAGAGUAUAUAUAUACCUUACUCCUUGAAUUAAUAUUCCUCAGACUCGUUACCACUUAUUACUUCUUAAAUAAAUUUAUAAAUAAAUAGACAUAUUCUCUCAUUUAUUUAUUUUAUCAUUUAUAUUCGAGUGUUUCUGAACAUACGCAUAUAUAAAAUACUAGAGUAUAUAUAUAUCUUACUCCUUGAAUUAAUAUUCCUCAGACUCGUUACCACUUAUUACUUCUUAAAUAAAUUUAUAAAUAAAUAGACAUAUUCUCUCAUUUAUUUAUUUUAUCAUUUAUAUUCGAGUGUUUCUGAACAUACGCAUAUAUAAAAUACUAGAGUAUAUAUAUACCUUACUCCUUGAAUUAAUAUUCCUCAGACUCGUUACCACUUAUUACUUCUUAAAUAAAUUUAUAAAUAAAUAGACAUAUUCUCUCAUUUAUUUAUUUUAUCAUUUAUAUUCGAGUGUUUCUGAACAUACGCAUAUAUAAAAUACUAGAGUAUAUAUAUAUCUUACUCCUUGAAUUAAUAUUCCUCAGACUCGUUACCACUUAUUACUUCUUAAAUAAAUUUAUAAAUAAAUAGACAUAUUCUCUCAUUUAUUUAUUUUAUCAUUUAUAUUCGAGUGUUUCUGAACAUACGCAUAUAUAAAAUACUAGAGUAUAUAUAUACCUUACUCCUUGAAUUAAUAUUCCUCAGACUCGUUACCACUUAUUACUUCUUAAAUAAAUUUAUAAAUAAAUAGACAUAUUCUCUCAUUUAUUUAUUUUAUCAUUUAUAUUCGAGUGUUUCUGAACAUACGCAUAUAUAAAAUACUAGAGUAUAUAUAUACCUUACUCCUUGAAUUAAUAUUCCUCAGACUCGUUACCACUUAUUACUUCUUAAAUAAAUUUAUAAAUAAAUAGACAUAUUCUCUCAUUUAUUUAUUUUAUCAUUUAUAUUCGAGUGUUUCUGAACAUACGCAUAUAUAAAAUACUAGAGUAUAUAUAUACCUUACUCCUUGAAUUAAUAUUCCUCAGACUCGUUACCACUUAUUACUUCUUAAAUAAAUUUAUAAAUAAAUA